AUGGUUGUACCUACUACUCUCAUCUACCUCUUCAUGUUGCUACUGAACAUGACAUACGCCGCCACAACCCAUACGGCUAUGCAAACACCAUCCCCGUCAGAAGCCCCAUUGCCUCGUCAGGUUGAGACGGUUGGCGCAACGGUAACCUCAUGGAUACCAAUGUUAUCCACAUUUACCCCGGAUUCAAAUUGUCUGACGAAGGGAUUCCAUCAGAGUCAGGUUAGCACCAGUGUGAUCCUGGUUGCCUAUGGCCCUGUGGACACUUUUCUAUAUGACUCUACAUCCAUUGCGGGUUACACCGUCAACCCUCAACAAAUCAGCCAAAUUGGAGUUCUUUGCAGUUCCAUGAUACCGGCAGGGAACACCUUUGGGUUUUCCCCAGUAUCUGGCCCUCAAGUCACUGCUACAACGCUUUCGACACCAAUAUCCGUCGCCGCGGUCGCGAUCGUGGGUUGGGACACUAGCCCGGCGGCGUCGUCGACCACCCCGCCAUUAGCGACGUUAGAAGCUAGGUCAAUGGAAGUGAUAAUUGCACUAGUCGUGGGUAUCAUUGUGGCAGUUGGAAUGUUGGGGUUUGGAGGUUUCUAUCUUUGGCGGGCUUUUCAACGGCGGCGAAGGGCAUCGCGCCUUGAACGUGAAAUUGCUCGUGGCCAUGCGGGAAACGGCGGAAACGGGGGACGGGAUAUUGGCCGGGAGUAUGCCCCUCCUAAUCAAGUCUACGAGCUGGAGGGGGUAACUAGACUCCCGGUUCAUACAUCCUUCCUCGCAGUUUAG